AUGCCAUCAAAGCAAUCAGGUCUCCAAUAUGCUACUGUAACUGAAGAGAAAGAUGGUUCUCUGGCUUGCUCUUGUCAAGCAUUUGAUCAAACUGGCAAAGCUUGUGUUCAUAUCAAGGCUGCUAGGCUCCAGAUUGCCUAUGGACCAGUGACUGACUAUAUUGAACUUGAGACUAUACAGAAAACUUGGGGUAUCAAAGCAAAGGGCCAGAAGCAGAACCCUUCCAGGCCUAUCAAGGGCCGCCAUCAUCAAGCUGUCUCUGAUACAGCUGUUUCUAGGGAGUUGGAUAAAAUUCUCUCAAAAUUAGAGGAUGAUUCUGAUUCUGAGCCUCCAUCUACUCUACUUCCGAUUUCUGAUAGUGAUGAGGCUUAUCAGUCUCUGGAUGUCAAAAUCCUUCAGAAAGGUCCUGGAGUCACACCAGGCAGACCACCAAAAGCUAAACCACUUCAUCCUAAUCGCACACCAGUUCGGUUCAGCCAGAAACCAGGACCCAAGCCAAAACCUCAUAACUCUCUUUUACCAUCUCAGUCAAAAUCACCAACCAAGCCAGUCAACUUUUCUCCCAAGAAAAGUCCAAGCAAAAAGUUUCAUUCAAACAAAAACAAUGAAUCAGAUGAGGAUAUGGAUGAUCUUGAGGUAAAUAUAAUAUUUCAAAGUUUUUUUGGCUGA